UAAAAAUGCAACUCAAUAUAUCUUUAUGUUAAUAUUCGAUUAUGGUGGAAAAACUCUAUUAUAUGUAUCGUCUUCUUCGUCAUUAAGGAUUCUUCAAUUUUUGCAGUAAAUCAUGAUGAUGAUAUACGUGAUAUAUACAUGAAGAUUGUAUUGAUCUUUAGAAAUUAUAUAUGUAUUUUAAACAGCCGAGCUAGUUAUAAUCAGUAUGGCGGCAUGUUAUCGCGAUCAACGAAGAAUGGGUCAAAUGAUCGAUCAAAUUAAAAUACUUGCCAGUAAUUUGGAUGAGUUACGUGCUGAAAUUAAUGCAUUAAGAAAUACUUACUUGCGAAACGAAGAGGAUCUUCCACAUGCAAAUGAUUUCAAACGAAAUAGGAGUAGCGAAAUUAAUAUUUUACAUAGAUUAAGAAGAUAUAUGAAGAAAGUAACAAACAUAUACACAUUGAGAAAAAGACAAAAACGUGAUAAAAUUCGAGAGUCUUAUUAUCCCUGUACAAAUAUGGACCCUGCAUUACCUACGUUUUUAAACUGCAUCAUUCGUACCCGAAAGAAAGAAAAUAUGUUACAAAUACCAACUAGGAUUAAAUAUUUGAAAAGUCAAGGCAACCAAACGAACGAGAAGAUCGAAAGUCGGCACUAUAUAACGAAACGUCCAUCAGUAUCUAUGCACACUGAAAAUACAAACUAUCAUGGAUCAUUAUUCACAAAACACGGAAAUGAACAAUAUAAUAAAAUAAUAUUUCCAAAACAAAAUACAACUCUUGUUCCACAUUGUUCCGAAAUAAGUUGUGAAUUAGAUUUCCAAAUUGAAAAUUCAAUAUUUUCCUCUGGAUCCAAUGUGAAUAUUUUUUCAGAUUCGUAUACUUUAAAAAAUUGUCCAGAAAAUACAAAAGUAGUUUUGACAAAUGGUAAUAACAAGCAAUCUGCAACAAAAUGUACGCAAACAAGAAUAGCAAAACUGGGACGAAAGUCAAAAAAUUUUAAUUUUUAUUCUAAACGACCCAAGCUUUACUUUUCUAAAAUAAAGAAUGCUGUGAUUGAAAAAAGAAUUAUAAGAAAUUCGAAUGAGCCUGCGUUUACGAUACGUCGAGAAGUCAACAAUACGAAGAAUUAUCCAAAUUUGAAGAAAAAUCGUUCUCAACGAUGUUCGUGUAGAAAGGAAAGAAACAGUUUUACCCAAUUGAAUGGUGAAAACACGAAUGGACAAAAUUUUCCCAUAGAAAAAAAUAUUAAAAAAAUAAAAAAUAACUUAUCCAUAAAAAACAUGUUCGAAAAUCUAUUGCCUGUUACAGAACCAGAGUUAUCGUCUUCGUUACUUUCUUUGGAGUUAGAUAUUAAUGUUUCUAAUAAUUCCAGUAACAUUGAGGAAUUUUCAGAACGUAGAAAACCAAGAACUUAUAUAAUACGUCAAACAACACAGGAAUGUAAUCGAAAUAACUGGUUGAAUAAUUUUGAGAAGAGUGUCGUUUGUGUGGAACAAACUUCCGAUUUGACCCUUUCUUCAUAUAGUUUUUCUAAUCAUAAUGUUCAUUUUAAUUAAAGGAAGUAUUCGUAGUUAUUUAUUUUUAUUGGUGGAAUUAUACUUUGUUUAAAUUCUAAUGUUUCAACAUUAUAAGUAAAAUUAUAUGUAAAUCUUCAUUACAUUAAUUGUAACUAGGAUAUAAUUUCAUACGCGUUUGUGUGUUGCAAUUUAUUAGAUAACAAUAUAAAACAAUAUAAUAUUUAAGUAAUAAUAUACAAAAUCUAUAUAUACAAAACAAUAUAAUAUUUAAGCAAUAAUAUACAAAAUCUAUAUAUAGAUAUAUUUCUAUUUUUUAUAAAAAUCUAUAUUUUAUCUACUUUGUAUUUAUCAUAUAUCACUAUAUUUUAACAGUUAAACAAAAUAUUACAACAGUCUUUUUAAAAUUACAUGUAGAAAUCUUUACCAUUAUGUACCAAAUUAAAAUUUGAUAAAUUGCACCAUAAUUGUCAGGAAAAGUAUUUUAUUUAUCUACGUACAAUUAAAAAAGUUGUAAAAAGAAUAUGCAAUACUGUUGCAAUUCUCUAUAAUCGUAAGUCAUAUAUAGUAUUACACAUUACAGAUCAUACAGAUAUUACACAUAUCAGAUCAUCAAAUCAUCAGAUACUGUUCAUCUCUUUUGUAUAAUUUGAGAGUUAUUGUUGGUAACUGCAGUUGUAAUUACCGAGUUCGCGGCAUAUGCAUGGCUGUGAGAAAUAGUCUCCCAAAUCGCCGCGAACUUACCAAACAUCCCAUCAUUAGAAUUGUUUUUCUUGAAAUUAUGUACCGAAUAACGGUUAUAAAGUCCCCAGAUGCUGUUCAUUAAUUUGCUAUUAUAUUUUAGCGGUGUAAGCUCUCGGCCUAUAAACAUUUCGUCGAAAUUAAUUAAUAUAUGUAUAUAAUAUGUGUAUAUAAAAACACAGUAUAUAGCAAUGUGAUUCUAUGAAAAGACAAAAAUAUUCUUUCUCAUAAAAUACUAUUCUAAUAACAUUCUAAAUUCAUUAUUUAAUUCGUUAUUUUAAUAACAACCUAAAAUAGAAUAUAUAAUUGAUACUUCAUGGAUUUGAUAUGUACCUUCCGAAGGGGGUCUCAUAUUGAAUGUGUUUUCUUUACCCGCUUUUUCCCUCUCCUCUAUUGGUGGUGUUAUCAUAGCAUUGCGUUCUAAAUUGCGGCGGACUUUGCACGCUGCAAAUGCACCCUGCGGAAUAGCGGCCAUUCUCUCGCAAUCUACAAUAAAAGAAAGAAUGUAAAAAAAUCAUUUAUAAUAUUCAGUACUAUUUUUAAUUCUUAAUCACAAAUGACGUUAUUAAUCUUUUCUGAGGAUAAUUAUCGCAACACCACUAAAAAAUAAUACUAAAUCUUGAUUUUCAAAUGUUGAAAUUCCUUGACCCACAGGAACUCUCGAACUUGUUUCAAUGUUUCAAACUUCAUACAGCUUCGACGAGAAUUUCUCAAAACAAUCAUCGACUAAUUAGAAGGUUUUUCUAAAAAGAAGAGAGAAGAAAAGAAAAGACGUAUGUACAAUGAAAACGAACGCACUUUCUAUUAUUUUGCAAACAAAACAUUCGACGCUCUAACUUUGUUAGGACCCAACGUCGUACUAACUUCAUAUAAUAAUAUUGGUUUCGAUUUAUGAACGUGUCUCGCUAACAAGUGGGGAGAGACAGAUUUAACGAGAGACAAAAUGGGAAAUGAACACAGAAAAAAAGCAUUUUUGUAACGAGUAGUCGAGAUAUCAGCAUUCUUCGAGAUUGAUGACGCCGCCGACCACCACGACUUUCUUAUCUUUACAAAGACCUCUCGUAUUUAAAAUACACACUUUUAUUCUGUGAUAUGUAAUCUACAUAUGUAUUACUGAAAUAGAGAGAUCACUAUAAUCUUUA